UCCGUGACGCGACAGCGUGGCUCUUCUUUUUAUCCAGAGAGCACCGCUUGUGCAUUUCCACACCACACACGCGCACAUGCUCGGGUAGCCGUCGAGGGCUCUCCCCUCGCCGCAGACACAACUCCGCCGCUAACGAAGCUUCACGGGCAGCACGCAUCACCGAGCCCUCUCUCGCUUAUAACCAGACGCGCUCACACACACACACAUGCCACUGCCGCUUCUGAAUAGAUUUGCGCACGACCUUCCCUUCAUAGCCGUCCUCUCCAGCCACCGCGAUGCGCAAGCCCUGGCUGCCAGAUGCUGUCGCGUCAAGCCUUGAAGGAAAGGGAUAAUUAAUAAGACGGUUUUCCCCGAUGCCACGUGGAGGACUCGCGCGCUGCCCACGUGCCACCCAGAUGCCAAGAGCCGCGGCGGCGGUGACGCGAGGCGGCGCACGGGAUGGGCUGCGCUUGGGUCAAAUAGCGACGUUAAAGACCGCGGCGGCGGCGGCGGCAUCGCUCUGCGUCCCAUCGUCGUGGCUGCGCGUUGGAGGGAGCUCUACAUAAGAGCGAGCACGAAGAGAGACAAAAAAGCAUCGUAGAGACACGGAGGGGAGGAGGAGGAGGAGGAGGGAGGGCACAGGGGGAGCGCCAUCCGACAUCGCGUUCGUCCCAUCAUCGCCACCUGUCGCGUCGGACGAAGCGCAGCGAGGGUCAUCGGAGUCCGUUGUACUCAACCCACGGCGCUUGCCCGGGGCUCAAAGGAGCUCUGCCAGCACCAUGGACAGCGACGCGCUCAACAACGCAUCGGACGCGAAUUCGACCAACGCGACCUCGCCGAGCGGGGACGCCGCCUACAGCAGCAGCAGCAACUUCAACAAGACAGUGGAGGAGGUGCUCAUCGCCAUCGUGGCCGGCUCGCUGAGCCUCGUCACGGUGGUGGGCAACAUCCUGGUGAUGCUCUCCAUAAAGGUGAACAGGCAGCUCAAGACGGUCAACAAUUACUUCCUCUUCAGCCUGGCAUGCGCGGACUUUUUCAUCGGCGCGUUUUCCAUGAACCUCUACACCAUGUACAUCAUCGUGGGCGAGUGGCCGCUCGGCGCGGUCGUGUGCGAUCUGUGGCUCGCUCUGGAUUACGUGGUGAGCAACGCGUCCGUCAUGAACCUGCUCAUCAUCAGCUUCGACCGCUACUUCUGCGUGACCAAACCAUUGUCAUACCCGGCCCGGAGGACGACAAAAAUGGCCGGGCUCAUGAUCGCCGCAGCGUGGAUCCUCUCGUUCAUCCUGUGGGCGCCGGCUAUUCUGUUCUGGCAGUUCAUCGUGGGCAAGAGGACGGUGCCGGAGAAGGAGUGCUCCAUUCAGUUCCUCUCGAACCCCGUGGUGACCUUCGGCACGGCCAUCGCGGCCUUCUACCUGCCCGUGGUCAUCAUGACAGUGCUGUACAUCCACAUCUCGUACGCGAGCAAGAGCCGCGUGAGGAGGGAGCACAAGAGGGAGAACAAGAAAGAGCGGCAGCCCAGGUUCGCCAUCUUCAGCAAGUGCAGGUUGUUCCGCAAAAACAACGGCGAGCCCACCGCCACUGCCAACGCCGCGAACGCCGCUAACGUCGCCAACGUCGCCAACGUCGCCAACGUCGCCGCCGCAGCAGCCGCAGCCGCCGCCACCGCAGCCGCGAUGAACAACGCCAGCAGCGUCCGUGCCGAGCAGGGGAAGUUCAAGAACGGGACGGUCGAGUGCAACAACGAGGGAGACAAGGGCGCGGAGUUGGAGGAGAAAGACCUCUCCAACGAGUCGACGUCCCUGAGCGUCGUGCCCUCUCACCACAAGGACGAGCUGGGGAACGAUGUGCAGCAGCAGCAGCAGCAGCAGCCCAACUGCAGCGGCGCAAAGCCGCUCAGAAAGCCAUCUCCGUCGAAGGCGACCAAAGUAAAAGUCGUCACGAAAGCAGAUGGUGCCGACGGCUGCUCCACGCAGGUGCAGCUGGUACAAGCCGACGGCGUUGGAGGAGAAGGAGGCGGCAGUGGCAGCGCAGGAGACGGCGAUUCGAAGGCGACCGAGGAGGCCGCCAAGUCCGCCGAGAGCAAACAGAAGGUGACGGUGGCGGCCGCAGCGGCGGCGGCAGCUGCGGCGGCGCCGCCCGUGGCGAGGAAGUUCGCCAACAUCGCCAGGAGCCAGGUGCGCAAGCGGCGGCAGGCGGCGGCGCGCGAGAAGAAGGUGACGCGGACCAUCUUCGCCAUCCUGCUGGCCUUCAUCAUCACGUGGACGCCCUACAACGUGAUGGUGCUCAUCAACACGUUCUGCGGCUCGUGCGUGCCCAACACCGUCUGGAUAAUCGGCUACUGGUUGUGCUACAUCAACAGCACCAUCAACCCGGCGUGCUACGCGCUCUGCAACGCCACUUUCAAGAAGACGUUCAAGCACCUGUUGCUGUGUCAGUACAAAAACAUCGGGCAGGCCAGAUGAGGAGGGGGGGACGCGAGGUCGCUGGCGAGAGAUUCAAUCUGGAGCGAGGCGCCCCCCCCCCGACCCCCCAUCUCUCUCCUUCUCUCUUUCUCUUCUUGCCCAAUCCCCCCCUCUCCCCUUUCGUAUCAUGCCGCAAGUGUUGCUCAUAUUCGAAAACAUAUCAAGAGCGCUUCAGUAUCUCGUGUGUGUGGGUGGUGUUACCGGUACUAAAAAAAAGAAAAAAAAGGCAGAUUUUUUUCUACGUAGGGUAGGUCGGAGAGAAAAAAAAAUAAUUGACGUGCAAUAUAUAUCACGCGAAGUGUGUGCGCGCGGCAGGAGAAAAAACUAUCUAUUUUUGUUCAUAUCAAAAGAUUCCUCAGCUGAACGUGCAAUUAAGUGUAUCACACUUGGUGAUGUGUUUAAUUACAAGGCGUUUAUAUAUUUAAAUAUCUAUAGAGUGCUUACGUUAUAUAUUUCAACAAGGAACUGUUGACGUGGAUGGGCAGGGAUGGCUAUUCGUUAAAACGGUCAGACACGAUUGCUCGUUUCAGUUCGAGUGCAUCAUCAUCACCAUGCUCCACCUUCACGUGCAUCCUUACAAAACGUAAACAGAAAAUUAACUCUCAACUACAUCAACUGAUGAUAGUCCACCAUGCAUUACGUGCUCGCGAAGACGAGACAAAAAAAGCAUAGAUCUCCCGUGACAAUCUUACGAGACGCAUUUGGCUAGCGAGCACCUAUGAAGGCCGGCACGGUACACGAGGGGGUGGGUGACCAAGACACACACCAAUACACACAACGUGCGCGCGUCUGAUCUGUUACUUCGGGAGGAAUAGCAACCGUCACACCGCCUUCGAGAUUUAUUAGGCAAACGCUCACGAACACAAAUUAGCCCAACAGAGGUUCAGUGUUUAUUUUUUUUUUGCGAGUGGCAAGGCUCAUUAGCUCUCUCGUCUCCCAGUCCAAGGUUUUGUGGGGCCACCGCAACGCUCCCACGAGGCUGUCGCGACGAGGAGCAUCGCCAUUAAACAACCCAAGCCCGAGAUUGGCCUUGCGUCGUUGCAUCUUUGAAGAGACGGCGUUCCAGCGUCUCGAUGCAUAGCGCGUAAUAUCAAGGCCACCCCCCCUCCCCCCUCGCCACCCCCUCCCUCCCCUCCCCCCAGUGAUGGUUGCGUCAAAGGAGGUCAUUACCUUGCGACUGCGUCACGCAACUGAAUUUUUAGGCCGAAAAUUGCCACAAUUACUUCGGAAGAAUUCCCCCCCCCCCAGCCCCCGGCCUCCGGCAAAUUGCACGGGGCCUCAUUGACACGGAGCUGAAGCGGCCUCCACACACUCCCAGCGGGGGGCGAGCCGGGGUGGACGGAUAGCGGCAGGCGACGUCGUCUUUGUGGUCCAAGGUCUAGCCGCUGGCGCCCCGUGCAGGCAUUGCUCAGACAAUACCCCCCCCCCACCCACGAUACGGUCACCUCAAUCAGUGUAAGAGGAGGUCUAUCCAGUCACGAAGACAAAGAUCCCCCGUAUAGCCUGAACAGACUGUGGGGGGGGGCAAGCGCAGUUACCGAGUUGCACGAGGGGGUGGGUGGUCAGCAACCACGCCCGGCCGUCUUCGUCUCCCCAGGUGGCGAUGUUUACGCACCGCACCAGGUACUCAUUUGAGGCCGAGUCGACCUAGGGGAGGCCCAGGACCGGUUCAGAUAAUCGUCACUAGUGUUGGCCGUGAGCGGGAAUCAAACUUAGGUCCCCUGAUUUGUCACGCAGCGUGCUAGCCGCUGCACUACGGCUCCUCAGAUAAAACACACGCACACGGAUGCUGCGUAUACGCCGCUCCAAAUCAGGGUACACCUACACUCCUCCUCGACACUGGCCAGCGAUGCGAGGCAGUGCGCGCGCUUGCUUCCGAAAUCAAUUGCGAAAUCAAAACACCGAGGCAGUCCAGCAACUUUGCCAGCAUCCACCAUCAACAAACCUCAUCUCAACGCAAAUCCGUAGGAGAUCGCUCACGGCACAAUACCCCCAAAGAGAGAGAGAGAGAGACUCUCGAUUCCCGCAUGAAAGCUCUCGAUAGUUGGCUGUCAAACCGCUGCAGCCGGAAAGGGUCCACGUGGCAAGUCCCCCGUUGGCCACAAAACACUCACGGGGCGUGCUGAAAGUGAAGAAUCGAAAAUGUGUAAAACUCAAAUUGUUGCGCAGACCCCGGGGCGGGUGGGGGGGGGGGCCUGCGUGUUCUGAAUCUGGCCCGAGAUUGAAACCAAUGUCAUCUCUACGUGUCCCGCAGUCGGGAGAAAAACGAAAAAAAAGACAUGGGCAUUGUUUCUUUUCGACCAGGAAACAAAAUGUUGUUGUAAUCCCUCCCGACGCAAUUAUCGUAGGAAGUAGACGACUCGCACAGAGCGAGGGACGCGGGUGGGGGGGGGUCAUCGGGGCCAUGACGUCAUAGCACAUCACGCUUGCGCUUACCAAAGUUUGCGGUUUAUUCCAAAGGACGCGUGGUCAUUGCGAUCGAUGUCGCGCCGCGGGUUAAUCCAGUGGCUAUCGUGGCAGCAGCAGCAGCAGCAAACACAACUUUGGCGCGUUACAGGUAUUACAGUGGGACAUGCCGCGUGGUCGCUUCGCAUAGAAUUACGGGGGUUUCGGAGUCUCCAAAAUGUUCUCGUCUCCAAAAAGGCGCCAUCCUAAGCGGACUCGGGGGGGGGGGGGGGGGGGGGGGGGGGGGGGGGGGGGCUGUGGGUGUUCAGAGUUUCUCCCUGCCACCUGAGUGGUCCCCUCAUUCCUCAGCUCUCAAUGCCUCCCGCCUCCCCCCCCCACGCUUCAGUCUUCCUUUGUCGAUCAGACGCAGAAUUACCGCACCUACAAUCUGCAUCUCGGUGCAUAUUAUUUGGAUGUUGACCGUCUUUCGCACCGUACGUCGCCAAGCGUGCUAAUUCGGAGGUGGAAGGAGAGCGGGAGAGAGCGAGAGAGAAAAUCGUGGGAAGGAAUGUGAAAAAUCAUGAUGGUGGUGUGAGAAUUUGUGACCGAGAUCAUCCUGAUGAAUCAUGACGUCAUCACCAGCAAUGAUCAAUCCACUGCUAGAUGAAGCCUCCGCCCUCCCCCAAGCCGUCCCCUAUGUUUGCACAUCGCGUGUUGCAACAAUCCCACCUCUGCACGAGCCGACUUCAUCACUCCAUCUCCUCUAGACCGCACCCGCACCCUUCCGUGGCCGACACUCCGUCGAUAUUCUUGGACCCAUCGAUCAUCAUCCCUUCCAUCGAUCAUCAGUGUGCUGCGGCAGCGAGAUAACUACCUCGUCUGGAAUUACAGGAGGUCGUGGGUUCGAACCCUACCCCGACGCCUGCAUAUUUGAAGUUUGCAUGUUCUCCCCGUGGUCGCGUGGAUUAUUCUCCGGGUCCUCUGGGUUUUCCCCUCCAAAUUUUUGAAACACGCGUUUAGUGUAUUUGGCUGAUAUAAAUUUCCACGUCAUUAUAAGCCCCCUUCGUUGAGCUCUGAUUUGUGUCUAUGUCGCUUCUGAAAACCAGCUAUAUAACUCAGUGGACCUUACCUGGUAAAAUAAAAAGUUGAGUUCGAGUUAACAGUUCUAGCGGUGCGUCCGGCAGAAGCCCGCUUACAUUAGAUGCUAUCAAAAAUAAAAUAGACACUCGGUUUCUAGACAAAACAGACUUUUUCACGAUAUAAAACGUGGGGAAAGGAAUGGAUUCUAUCUCGACUUGCAAAUCAGAUACUACAGUAACCACAUUAUUAUCUUUAGGGGUUACCGCUUGGAAAUCAAUCGAUAUUCAUGAGCCUCGAUUUAUUUUUAGAUAUAUAUUUCCCCCCUCAAAAGCCUUGCGACUUAACCCCAACCACAGCAUAUAGCCUACCCAACCACAAUACACGUAGCUUCGUGUCGUUCCUACCUCUGCCAUAGCUGUGGCACAUUCCUCGUAGCCCUGGUGUUGAUUAAUUCUAUAAUUGAGUUUUCCUCGGCCGACUUUUUCAGAAAUCUGUCCAUUACAGUUGUAGCUGAACUGGAGGUACGUUCCGUCUCAGCUCCCUGGUGUAUGUAUUUAUUCUUAGAAGAAUGCAGUCGUUUCUCAAACCAGACGCAUUGAAACCACCAGUCACUCACUCUUCACCCAGCACACUUUCUUUUGCAUUGUAUGAGAAAAGGGUUAUCGCGCAGACACACACACACAGAAAAAUAGGCACUAUUUAACAAGGCGUAUAGAGUGAUAUAAAUGCAAAGACAAAGAUCCCCCGUAUAGCCUUUAGCAGUCUGUUGGGGCAAGUGCUGUAUGAGAAUUCCUAUGAAGGGCGGCACGGCACACGAAGUGGGUGGGUGACCAGCACCACGCCCGGUCAUAUGUCUUUCCUUUGCUGGUGUUUACACACCGCACCAGAUACUCGUUUGACGCCGAGUCGACCUAGAGGAGGCCCAGGACCGGUUCAGAUAAUCGUCACCGGUGUUGAUAGUGAGCGGGAAUCAAACUCGGGUCUCUGGGUUCGUAACGCAUCUUGCUAACCGCUACACUAGCACUCCCCAUGCAGACACACACACACAAACUCCUACACAGAUGACGGACAUCUAGCUCUGCCAGUAUACAAUACAAAAGUAGCGUAAUACGUGCAAGACGAAACCGAUCCACAACACACACGGUAUUUGUAAUGCACGUAGAUUCUGACCUAUUUGGUGAGUAAAACUUUUAAAAGGGGAUGUUCAUUCGAUGCUGACCGCAAGGAAAGUUUUGGGCGCUCACCUUGAAUGUAUCGUAACACUAUGGUCGUGAACCCACCUUUAUAUUACCUCCACCCCACAGUAUUUACCAUCAAAGAGCUCGCAAUACAGUAAUCUCGUCACGAGCCCCCUUAACAUUGGGAUCGUCUAUAAUUUCCUGUAUCACAAUCGCUAUCGGAGGCUUUCUUCGAGUGUUUUGGCCACGCGCGCGUUACACAGCGGAGGAGGAGGCGGCAGCGGCGUUUGUCCCGCUGGGCAAUGGACUUCAAGGAGGAGCGGGGGGGGGGAGAGAAGACGACGCAGGAGGAGGAGGAGGCCGACUACAAAACUUUGAUUUAACCCCCCACCUUGAAUAUCGUGGAUUAAAAAAAAAGGCUUUUGCAAGGGACUUGUAUCCCCCCCAUACCUUUGACCUGUGGAUUUGCACACGUUUUCCGUGACCACGAGACUAUAGCUCGUCCGAGUUGUGUGUAUUAUGCCAUGUGAAAUAUUUUGCAAUAGUACAAUGUUAUAUAUAUAAAGAGUUAAUAAAACGAUACAACUGUAUUAUAUAUACACACAUUAAUACACACACACACACUGAACCGCAUUGUCAUCGAGUGGAAUUUAAGAGAGUGCAGGCGGGUUCACCUACACACUGGUUUAAAGGCGAUGGCCAAUGAAGAUGUGCGGGAGAUGGGGGGGGGGGUUGAAGAGGGGGACCCAGCCCCCCCACCCAAUUAAUUCCUUGCAACAAUUCCUUGCCCGUGAAAUCCGCGCCACUGUUUACCGCUCGCACUCGAACCUGUAAGGGUGUGUUGUAGACGUUGAGGCUGGCAACAAGUCAUCUCCUCCCCCUUAGGUUAGAGCAUUUUACCGCGCCUGAUGAUGAUGAUGAAUGGCGAGGCGUCAAUCCUUUAAAAAAACUAUAAUCAUCAUUUACGUAAAUUGUGUUAAUCUAUUGUUGGACUGAAGGCCUCUACCACACACACCUUGAAGAUCAAUGAUGUUUAGUUUGAACCAUACUUCCCCACGCUGGUGCGUGCGGGUUGGUUAAGCGUGACGGCGAAAGGUGGGGGGUAGAGGGGGGCUAAAACCGGUUCAAGUAUCACUCGGCAGUCACGUUAGCCGUGACUGGGAAUUGAACUCAGAUAUAAAUGGGUUAAUACAGCAGCACGAGAUUCACUGCAGUGACCUCAACCCCCCCCCCCCCCGCACACAAAACCAUCACCCAACGUUGAGUUGUUCUUGCGAGUCCCUACAUAAUCACUCAUUGUCAAAUCAUUUCUGGAUAAAGGCAUCUUUCUCCCAUGCGAUGCAUUACAUACUGCGCUCCUGACCCAUUCUUAUGUAUACACCGAAACGAUUAAGGCUGAACAUACGAAUGCAUUUGCGGACCUUCUCGAGCAAUGUAGACGAAUUGAAAUUGUCUACACACCGUCGAGAUGUAUACAUACACACACUAGUAUUUGGAAAUGUUCCAGAUAAUUCCGCUGAUAAAACACACACACACGCGCGCGCGCACGUGUGCGCUCACCUGAUCCACGCCUCGCCAAAUCCGGUAUUAAACAUUACAUGCUAUAUUUGUAGACUGUUGAAAAUCUAUUACGAGGUUGAAUAUACAGGUCGCAAGAAAAACAAAUUGAGACCCUGCAUCGUGUGAAGCUCAUUGCGACCGAAUAUACAGUGGUGUAAUGUUCUUUUAAAUCACCAUUUAAAAUGUACCGGCCUUUGCAAAUCCACUGCUGAAUUAAGGCUUCUGAACGCUGUGUUGAUCAUGUGGGGUUGUCCAUACUUCACCACGCUGUUCAGAGCGGAUUAUUUUGGAAGGCAGUGCCCAGGACUGGUUCAGAUAUCACUCGCCAAUGAUGUCAACAGUGAAUGAAACUCGCAUGUGCCCGAUUCAUAGCGUAGGGAUAACUAUGUUGAACUUCUUUCGCACCGUACAUAGCCAACCGUGCUAAUCAGAGGUACAGGGAGAAGGACAAUAAACUAAACACAAAACGCAGUUCUAAAGAAAUAAGUUUUCAAUCUCGAUUUAUAAAGUGCAUAUGGCUGCAGCGGCUGAUAUUGGAAGAGCGUUCCAGACGGCCGCAGAGGCGCAUCCAAAAGCACGCGAUGCAGUUGACCUUUUUUGCUCGAUGGGAAGUUAAAAGCCGCUGCUGCUGCGAUUAUGACCCUAUAGCCAUUGCUGCCAGCACUCUGCCCCGCAUCAUUGACAUUGUUGGGAAUGUAUGCGUUGAGAAAAGCCUCAAUGAGUCUCAAGACGCCGCAUGACGAAAAGCAAACUCCUCCAAUACCGUCAUGCGAAUUUGUUUUUAUUCCGCGACUCCUUGCCGUAUCAAAAUACAUCCAAAAUGUUUGUUAGCUUUUAUGAGCAAAUUCCCACGAAGUAGAGAGGGGUCGACGACUUCACGAAUAAAUAAAAAACUGGAAAACGAGAGCAUUUUUUUUGUAACGCAAAUCCGACUCGUGCUGACGAGCCCCAGGAGAGCGAAACUUCUCGAGAGAGUUUCGCACGAGUGACCAAAUGCUGCGGUCACUAGCGCUAAAAAAAUAUAAUCCACGUCGACGCUUGGCGAGGUUUUAUCAUAGAACGACAAAACACGUCCCAGAUGGGGAGUCUAGGCGGGCACGGGAGGGCGGUUAUGUGAUAGGAAUGUCUUUAAAUUAAGUGCCGGAACUAUUAAUCUUCAGUUUUUAAUUAGACAAAUGAAUAAAGAAUAAUGUGGUUCGGGUGUACCAGUCUACCUCUCAUGAAUAUAUGCAUGCACAAGGUUUAUUUAUAAUAUAACCAGGUUAGCCAAGACAUUUGAGAUGGGGAGGGUCUUCAUUCAGCAGUUGAUCGACCAUGGCUGAUGAUUAAUUUAGUCAGGGCUUUGAGGCUUUCAUCCAGCAGUAGAUUUGACCAUCUUUGAUGAUGAUGGGGUGAUUCAUAUCCAUGGCUUGAGGAGGCCUUCAUACAGCGAUGGGUUAAUCAUGGUUAAGAGAUGAUAAUAUUAAUGAGAGUACAGGAGACAACCCCGUCUCUGUUGCACUGCAAGGAAGACUUCAAAUUAAAAUUUGAAACUGAAA